AUGCUGAUCACUUUAGUAGAUACUAUCCUGAAUCUUUUGAUAUCAGUCGUACCAAUUUUUGAAUUAAAAUCAAAAUUCCAUGAAGAAUUAGAAUAUAUAUUGACUAGUUAUAGUAUAGUUUCAAGUGAUAUUAUAAACUUUAAAAAAGUAGUUGAUAUUGGAUCACUUGAAUUAUUUAUUCCUCCAGAUCAACUUGAUACAAGAUAUAAUUAUGAUUUUACAAAUAUUAAUGACAAUAAAAGAACUUUUAUGAGAGGGAAUUUUAAUUAUAACCGUCCCUAUGGUUGGAAAAGAUUUGCCCUCAAGGUUCUGGAUAAAUAUGAAGACAACACUUGGUUUGGCGCUGAAGGCAGAAAAAAUGAACAACAUUCAACACAAAAUGAAUGGCCAGUUUGUUAUCAUGGAACUGUCAUAUAUAAUUGUAGAUCAAUUGUCGAAAAUGGUUAUCUUCUGAGUAAGGGUAAAAGAUUUAGAUUUGGUGUAGGAAUUUAUUCUACACCUGAUAUUAAUGUAGCUGCUGAGUAUUCUUUGAAAUUCGCUCAUAAAGGAUCCUAUUAUAUAGUUGUAAUUCAGAAUAGAGUUAAUCCAAAAAGUUUAAUUAAGAUUUCAAAGAUGAAAACGAACAUUGGUGAAUAUUGGAUUGCACCGACUGGGGAUGAUAUACGACCAUAUGGAAUUUGCAUUAAGAAAGUUCUUUAA